GGCGCCCGCCCUCCGACCGACCGCCAUCCGCCUGUCCGGCCGUCUGUCCGUCCAUCCAGUGGGACAGGGCGUCCUGGAGGAUGGUGGUGCCCGGGAAUGCCCCGCUGAUCCAGCAGGACCCCGCUCUGGAGCCAGCCCUGGGCAGAGACGCCGCCGAGCACUCGGCCAUGGGCCCGGGCACGGAGCCCCCCGAGGAUGUGGGCCCGGAGGUGCGGAAGCUGCGGGAGCUGGUCCGGAGGCUGGAGCUGGACAAUCAGCACGCCAGGAGCAGGAGCAGCAGGACCCUGCUGGGGACAGGUGUGCCCGGGGACAUCCGUGCUGGGGUGGAUAACCACGAGCCCAGCCUCAACGGGAUGGAGAUCAACAACAGCAUCAACGCCAUCACCGAGCAGCAGGAGCUGCAGCUGAUGGCAGAUCUGCACAGCCAGCUGAGCAAGAUGAGGCAGGAGGAAGGAGAGAACAACUUCAGAAGAGCCCUGGAUGCCCCAAUGCAGUACAGCUGCAACAGUGCCCCCGAGGAGGUGUCUCCCAAUGGGGAGCAGAGCCACAACAAUGGCCAGUGUCCCUCACCUGUGGACACAAGUGACAGCUCCAAGCUCCUGGGCAGCCUGCUCAUGGCAGGGAUCCACACCCCAGCUGCAAUCCAUGAACAGAAUCCCAGUGAAAAGGGUGCAGAUCUAGAGGGGCUUCCGAGUCACACAGAUCUGGAUGAAGUCAAAGUGUUAGAACUGGAAAAUGGCCCCGAGGAGGAGGAUUGCUGGCUCUAUGUGUCUCCAAGGAAAUCCAUGGAUGAGAAAACAGCCUCUCCUCUGAAGUGGUGCCGGCAGGUGCUGGAUAACCCCAGCCCCGAGAUUGAGGCUGCCUGCAGAACCCUCAUCAACAGGCUGGACCAAGGGUACCUGAGCAUGCACUCGGCCCUGAGCUCCCAGUCCUCGGUGGACAGCGAGCUGAGCACCUCGGACGACUCCAUCUCCAUGGGCUACAAACUGCAGGACCUCACUGAUGUCCAGGUCAUGGCACGGCUGCAGGAAGAGAGCCUGCGGCAGGACUGCGCCUCCAGCUCCGCCUCCGUGUCCCGCCGCAGCUCCAGCGCCUCCCUGCACUCGCUGCGCCGCGGCACCUACAGCGACCAGGAGUUCGACACCUACAGCCUGGAGGACGAGGACGACUGCGACUGCUCGCUGUCCUUGCGCAGCGCCCACCGCUACUCGCCGUCCCCGCUGAGCUCCCCGCGCUGCCAGUCGCCCUCCUCGGGCGCGGAGCUGGGCAGGGCCGCGGCCUCGCGGCUGCGCGCCCCGCGCAGGGCGGUGCAGAGCCCCAUGCAGGAGCGCCUCAAGUAUGCCAACAGCGAAGAGGAGCUGAGGCACAGCAUGCCCAACCUGGCCCGCAGCAGCCUGCGCACGCUCGAGGCCGUGCGGAGCAGCCGCAGCCUGGAGUCCGACCUGCAGGUGCCCAGCAGCCGCAUCCCCAGGACUCAGCAGCGGUCAGCAGGUCGGUGCCACACCUCCCACAGGCCUCCAUUCCCUUCUCUCUUUAGCCAGCCCUCAGAGGCGCUCUUGUGUCCCUGCAGGUCUGACUCCCAGCAAGCUCAGGUAUUCCUCGGGGGCCGCGCAGUCCCCGCUCACAGCGCGCCAGCCCGGGAAGGUGACCUCGGGAGCCAAUUCCCUGCUGCCCGGCAGGCAGGUGGGGAAGCCCUGCAGCUACACGGCUCCUGUCCCCCCAGUCCGCAAGCCACAGCUCCACACGGGCUCACCCAGCAGCAGUUGCACUUCCAGAACCACCACCAUGGUCACUGUGGCCAAACCCUCUGCCCUGAAGGCACGGCCGGGCGUGGGAGGGGUGGCCGUGCCCAAGGGAAAGGCAACGCCGCCGUCCAGGAGGUUCCUCCAGGCAGCACAGACUCCCCAGGCCCCUGAGGACGACUCCUGGAAGGAUGGGUGCUACUGACAGCCCAGAACACCUCCAUGGAGCAGAUCCCAGCUGGCUGGGCAUGACCUCACUGGGAAAGGCCCUGAGCCCCUGUCCCUGCAGACUGCUGUACAUAUCCCUCAUUCUGUGCUCUCCACACCACCCACCUCUCUCUGCUCUGCCAGGAGCCAGGGCUGGGACAGACAGCUCCCACCCUGCACUGAACCCUGAGUCUUCCCAGGAAGACUGGAAAAGCCUUAUUUCAUCCACACCCCAGCUGCAGCCCUGGGGGAAGGCCUGUCACCAUCCCCUCCCAGGGAUGCUGCAGAGCUGGGGGUGUCCUCUCAGUGCCAGAAGCAGCUCUGAGCUGGUGCUGUGGCAGAGCUCGUGGAGAGUAGAAAUAGUGACAUAGGUGUUAGAUUUGAGACUUUUUAAACCCAACCUGAUGUACUCUAGUAUUUGUCUGGAAUUCAACUGGGUUUGGUUUGUUGGUUUGGUUUUUUUUGUUUUUUUUUUUACUUCUGUAUAGAAUGUAUUUCUGCUACUUUUUAUUGUUUGGUCUAGAGCUGCAGCAGGUUUUUAUAACUGUAGAACACUGAGCUGUUGUAUCCAGGUGUCAGCACAGGUCACGAGGAGCAGUACACAAUAUUUGUGUGGGGUGUGAACAGGCAGGGACCGGGAUGCCAGUUAAAAACUGCUGGGCACCAGCACCUUACCUCAGCUGAGCAAGCUCAACACCACUCAAGAGUAAAUUUUUAAAAAUCCCCUUCCCUCACAGCUUUGUCUUGAAGUGUUGGAGAUCUCAGCUGGUUCCCAACUGCCCUAACUUUUGUAGAAGUUUUCUACUGUCUCUUAAGGAUUUUGUUCCAGUGUCCUUUUCCUCACAAGUGCUGGAUGCUACAAAUACAGUCUUAGUCCAGGAAAUAUGCACUGAUAGCAAUGUUCUCCCUGCCAUCAAUGUGACUUUGAUAGUGUAGUUUAAUAAAAUGUUAUGGUGCUGAAA